AAUCACCACCACCCACUACGAUUGGACAGAUUCCUUCGUGGCGUGGGCUGCAUCAUCAUUUAUUGCGUGUUCAACAAACCGCGGGUUUAUAUAAGAGGGACCGUCGUUUUACCACGACAGUUCAGUAUACCGAAAAGAAUUAUCACGUAAGGAUGGCCCUAGAACGUCAAGUCCGCGCUAAGAUCGCAGCCAAACGUAAUCCCGAACAAGAACGGGAAGCUCAGGAAUGGAUCGAGAGCGUUCUCGGUAAAAAAUUUCCACCUGGCGAAGUAUUCGAGGAUGUUUUAAAGGACGGUCAAGUGCUUUGCCAUUUGAUGAACAAAAUUUCACCGGGAUCUGUUGCAAAGAUCAACACUUCCGGGGGACAAUUUAAAAUGAUGGAAAAUAUCAACCUAUUUCAGAAAGCAUUGAAGGAUUAUGGUGUGGAUGACGUUGAUGUUUUCCAAACUGUCGAUCUAUGGGAGAAAAAAGAUAUAGCCCAAGUUAUCACCACUUUAUUUGCUCUUGGUCGUACGACUUACAAACACCCAGAAUGGAAGGGACCAUAUCUAGGACCUAAACCAUCAGAAGAAUGCAAACGUGAAUUUACGGAAGAACAAUUGCGUGCCGGUGAAUCUGUGAUUGGUCUACAAGCCGGUUCGAACAAAGGUGCAACUCAAUCUGGCCAAAGUAUCGGUGCCACUCGUAAAAUUCUCCUUGGAAAAUAAUUCCAUCGAUUAGAGAGAGAGAAUAUAUAAAACGAAAGAAGAAAAAAAAAAACAUAUUUAUAUUUUAUAUUUAUGUACAUAUGUAUGUAAUUAUUGUAUCUCUUUUUUUUAAACAAAGAUAUUAAUUAUUUAAUUAA